UGUAUUGGUUAGAGUUGUUGAAUUUCACCUUUUUCGUUGGAGGUUCGAUUCCUCUGGGUCUAUUGUUUUAUUUUUCCUUAAAAUUUUUAUCAGCAAAUAUUUUUAUUUACUCAAAUUUAUUUUGCGGACAAAAAUAUUUUUGCGGACGAAAAAUAAUUUUUGCGGACAAAAAAUUUUUUGCGGACAAAAAAAUUUUUUGCGGACAAAAAUAAAUAUUUGCGGACAAAAAAUUUAUUUUGCGGACAAAAAUAAAUAUUUGCGGACAAAAAAAUUUUUUGCGGACAAAAACUUCUUUUGCGGACAAAAAUAAUUUUUACGGACAAAAUCUUUAAAUAAAAAAUUAAAAUUUUAGGGAAUGCCUUUUGCCAUUCGUCGUCAUCGAGAUUGGUUGUUUAGCGUAGGGGAUGAUCGAGCACUUCGUGUUUGGACAAUGGAUGGACUUAAGAUUGGCGAAAUAUAUGGACACGGUGCUCGCCCUUUUGUUCUGGAACUUUUUGAACGAGAAAAAAUGGCUUUUACGGGUGGGGUUGAUGAGUACUUGAAUAUUUGGCGAUGGACAGGUUUUAUAAAUUUUUUUAGAAAUAGUCUCGGACCUCUAUAUAAGACCCACAAAUUUUUGAUUUUGUCCGCAAAUUUUUGCGGACAUCCGCAAAAUUUGUCCGCAAAUAUUUUUAUGGGGUGUCACUGUCAGAUGGCCACUAUGUGA